AUGUUCCCCGAGGAACGAGAUGCGUUGGCAGAUCUCGAUUCUCGUAUAAGAGCCAUGGAGAGGAGACUGCAAAAUGCAAGAGCAGCUAGGGAUUCAUACUUGGACUAUCUUAAAUCGAAGUAUCCACGAUGGAGCUGCUCGUUGCCUGUAAGCAUCUCCAACAUGCCGAAAGACACUAUGAUAAAUCGGCUCGCGACCUCUGAUUAUUACUGGGAUGAGCGACGAGACAGACAGCCAAUACUGCAGAGAUACCAGAAACCGAAACUCUACCAAGACAUUCCCAAUGGUGCGCCAUUUCUGAUGUCGGACGUCGCUAGAGUAAGACGAAGAUUAGCGGAAAUAGCUCAUCAAAUGAGCAUUAUGAGAGAAACGCGACUGAAUCUCACCACCGAAGAUUACUUGAGAACAAGAGCGGACCUCGAAACCUUUAACGCAGAAGAGGAGGAUACGAUGCUGGCUAUUCGGAAUCGCCUCAGUGACAUUUCGUUGACGACUUUCGAACCACUUGCCACACCAACAGCCGAGCAGAUGGCCACGAUGAAGUACGAGGAACAGCGAGAUGCCUAUAUCGCAGAUUUGAGAGCAGGGCGCGUCCUUCCUUCUACGGUGGAAACAACGACGACAUCCCAACCCCUGCCUAUAAAUUUUCAAGCUGCGCCAACUCCUUUACCUGUUGAUUCGGUGAAAAAGGAGGAGGUACCAGAGAAGAUAAUGGAGCAUACGACUGUGGAAUCCAAAAUCGAAGCACAUCCUGCAGAUAGACGACCGGUCACGUCUGAAAAUAAAGACGAGAAGAAACAAGCGAAUGCGGCGAGGAUAGAAUCUACGUCUAUGAAAACACCAGCUGCACUGCCUCAAACAACUUCUACGUACAGUAAACUGAUCACUCUUUUUGGACAACAAGACCCUAGCGAUACCGAAGAUGAUCUGGCAGUUCCCAGCACUUCCGUACCCAAGCCAAUUGAGCCAAGUGUUCCCGUACUGCCAACACGACAACAAAGUAGUGCCGGUAUGCUUUCACAGUAUUUGGCGUCUUCGAAGCACAAAGAAGCCACUCCAUCAGAUAGCGAUGACGACUUUUUCAAGUAA